GGGCAGGACUUCCUCGCUGGUUGCUAAGACACUCUUUCGCUCCUUGACAACCCUGGCGGGGGUGCGCUGGCGACGGCCCCGGCUCCGGCCCCCGCGGGAGCAGCACCCCUUGGGAAAGACAUUUUCUGCUCCCGCCAAGUUGGCAGGGCCUGCUUCCUGAAUCUUCCGGGUGUGUCUUAAUUGCCAAUCCCAGCACCUGAAAGCCCCACUCUCUCCUCCAGUGGUCACAGUGGAAGGAUCAUGGGAGAAACAGAAGGGAAGAAAGAUGAGGCUGAUUAUAAGCGACUGCAGACCUUUCCUCUGGUCAGGCACUCGGACAUGCCAGAGGAGAUGCGAGUGGAGACCAUGGAGCUAUGUGUCACAGCCUGUGAGAAAUUCUCCAACAACAACGAGAGCGCGGCCAAGAUGAUCAAAGAGACGAUGGACAAGAAGUUCGGCUCCUCCUGGCAUGUGGUGAUCGGCGAAGGGUUUGGGUUUGAGAUCACACAUGAGGUGAAGAACCUCCUCUACCUGUACUUUGGGGGGACACUGGCUGUGUGUGUCUGGAAGUGUUCUUGAUGCCCUGUCCCCGGCCCCCACCUCUGUCCCCAACCCCUGCAGGGCCUUCCCCUGCCACUUAUCUGGGUUGGGGAGCAGCCCCAGGCAGGUCCUGGGUUUUCCAAGGAGAGUUUGGGGUCUUUUCUUUCUGUCCUGUGUACCAGUAUCCUGAGCCAUGCCAGUGUGUGAACUUGUUGACAUCUCUAUCCCCAGGCUCUCUCAGUUGUCUCACUCGGAGUACGAGGUGACCACACCACAAAGUGUGCCAGGGUAAAGGAGGUGGGGAGAUGAGAUUUUUGUCAUAAGGAUGUGCCAGGCCCCCCUUCCUUGAGGACUGCCCUUCCCUCGCAUUCCCAGAGCCCCACUUCCCUUCUAUCCCAGUACUGCGAGGAAGUGUCCACUGUCCUUGUCAUCAGUGGUCAUAUGAAAAUAGCCCCAAGGAGGAGCCUCUCCUCUGAAGGGACAUAGGCAGCUUCUCUCCUUAUCCUCUGGGGAAGUGCUGAUCCUGAAGAAGCCCCUCCCCUGACUUGACCCCAGGCUGAACAAACCACCACAUCUCACUGGCAACAGCUCCACAGCCCUGGCUUUGGCCUAGAGACCAAGCAGCUUUUCUUCUGUCCCCCUUCACCCACCAGUGUGAACCCUCCACACUGCCUCAGUUUCAAGCCAGGGGCCAGGGGUGAGAAUUGCCGCUGAGCAGUUCCUCAAGAUGUCACUGAGCCUCUGGUGAGACACCUGGGCCAGGAGUGCUCUCACCGCCAGGCCCACUUCCGCAGGGAAACCUGGCCUGCCAGUUACUUCUCGUCAGGGACCGCAUGCUAAUUUGUACUUCUUAUCUCUGCUGGGUUUUCUAUGUUCUUUUAGAGUGUGGGGAGAAGGGUUUUAGUAGAAGGGUGAAACGUAUUUUACAUAGCGGUCUUAUUUAUAUAAAUGUCUUGGUUUUUCAAUAAAGUUACCAAAAAAUGA